UGUGAUCUCCUGUAUUAGAUAAUACAGAUAUUUAGUCACAUUCAUCAGGCUUUUCGGAGUGAGGCAAUGCGCUGAAUGAGCUCUGCUGUCUCUAAACAUGACGAUGUGUGUGAGUGGGUGUGUUCACUCCAGUGCCAUGCGCUGCGAUCCUUACAGCAUUCACAUUACAGUCCACACCGACCAUGAGAAUGACAAACACGGCUUAAGCUCUCGGGCGAGUUUGGAGUCAUUCGGAUUACAAUUUGGAGACCUUUUGGAGAUUUGACUCACCACCUGAGGAGUUUACGAUGUCAGGCUCAUUUUGUCGAAGUUUAUACGCCUAUAACGGGGAUCAGCAUCAGCAGGGACUAAAGUUUGAGGCUGGGGAACUGAUCAGAAUAACGCAAGCUCUGGACGGAGGCUGGUGGGAGGGAGAGAAGGACGGAGUCAAGGGAUGGUUUCCCUCAACUUACGUGCAGGUGGAGAAACUGUCCUCAAUGUCUCCUCUGGACGAACCGCUGCCCAGAGACUGGAAGUGCUACAUGUCACCACAGGGACGCAGAUACUACGUCAACACCGUCAGCAAUGAGACAACAUGGGAGCGGCCGUCCAGCACGCCUGGCACCCCGAAAACACCAGUGAAACACAAGAACUCCAUCCCAACAGUGAAUGGAUUUCACGGUAACGGCAGCCCGUUGCAUCAGACUGAACCAUCGCAUGUACUGAUGCGAAAGACCAGCACAGAUCAACAGAGUCCCGGCUCGACUUCACCCAGCAGGAAGCAGGAGUGUGAAUCCACAGUAACUAUCAACUGUGUGACGUUUCCUCUUCCACUCCACAUGUCUGAACAACAGCUGCUCAAACCAGAUGAGUGGAGCUACUGCGAUUAUUUUUGGGCAGACAAAAAGGACCCACAGGGAAGCGCCACCAUCUCAGGAUUCGAGGUGCUGCUACAAAAACAGCUGAAGGGAAGGCAGAUGCAGAAGGAGAUGGCCGAGUUUGUGCGUGAGAGGAUCAGGAUUGAGGAGGAGUACGCCAAGAACCUGUCGAAGCUCUCUCAGAUCCCGCUGGCGGCACAGGAGGAAGGCACGCUUGGAGAAGCUUGGGCUCAACUGAAGAAAAGCCUGGCAGAUGAAGCAGAAGUUCAUGUCAAGUUCUCCUCCAAGCUUCAGAGUGAAGUGGAAAAGCCUCUGCUUUUAUUUCGAGAAAACUUCAAGAAGGACAUGAAGAAGUUCGACCAUCACAUGGCAGAUCUCAGGAAGCAGCUGGCCAGCCGAAACGCCGCCGUGGAAAAGGCACGUAAAGCGCUUGCAGAUCGGCAGAAGGAUCUGGAGUUAAAAACCCAGCAGCUGGAGAUCAAACUGAGCAGUAAGAUCGAGGAGGACAUCAAGAAAGCGCGCAGGAAAUCCACACAGGCCGGUGAUGAUCUGAUGCGAUGUGUUGAUCUCUACAAUCAGGCCCAGUCCAAGUGGUUUGAGGAGAUGGUGACCAGCAGUCUGGAGCUGGAGCGUCUGGAGAUGGAACGUGUGGAGAUGAUCAGACAGCAUCUGUGUCAGUACACCACGCUACGACACGAGACUGACAUGUUCAACCAAAGCACCAUAGAGCCGGUGGACAAACUGCUGCGGAGCGUCGACCCCACCAGAGACAGAGAGCUGUGGGUCAAGGAACACAAAACGGGCGAGCUGAGACCGGUGGACAUGAACAUCUGAGACUCGCUUUUGUUCCCUCGUCUGGCUGCUUUAGAGACGCUGUAACGCAGCACUGGCUGGAGAGAAAGCGCUCGUGUUGUCCUACUGUGGGUUUGAGCUCUCAAAAACCCUCUGAGGCCUAAAUCAGUGGAGAACGAUCAUGGCUCAAACCAAGCAGAGAAAGAACCAAGGUCAUACACCAUGACCUUCCCACAAGCCAGACUGAAUGGAGCAUCUGACGUGUGGAAGAGACUGUGUGAAUAUCUGCAGGAAUAUGACUUGGGAGAACAGACGUGUUUGUCAGUAUCUACUGAUGCAAUCAUGUCAAUAGGAUUCAAGAUUGAACUGAGUUCAUAUAUGUGAAAUAGUACUAAUAUAUACUGUAAAUGCUGCUGCUGCAUAAACUAUUACAACUGGUUUCAGUUCUGUGACUAGUCAAAGCGGUCGCUUCCCUUAAAGGGACAGUUCACAAAAAAAAGUUAAUUUACAUCAAUGUUAUGUUGUUUCAAACAUAUAUGAGUUUCUUUAUUCUGUUGAGCCCAAAAGAAGAUUUUCUGAAGAAUGUUGGUAACCAAACAGUUGAUGCUAAUCACUCACUUCCAUAGAAUGGAAAAAAAAAUAAAACAAUUGAUGGUAGCCAUUGGCUUCAAUAGUAAGGGGGGAAAAAAAUGUAACUAAAGACUGAUGGAAAAAAUGAUGGAAUCAAACAGUUGACGGUAGCCAUUUACUUUCAUAGUUUUGAAAAAAUAUAUAUACUUAUGGAACCAAACAGCUGACAGUAGCCAUUUACUUUCAUAGUAUGGAAAAAAUAUGUAACCAAACAGUUAAUGGUAGCCAUUGACUUACAUAGUAAGGAACAAAAAAAUAUGUAACCCAACAGUGGAUGGUUGCUAUUGACUUGUAUGAAAAAAAAUGGAACCAAACAACUGAUUGUAGCCAUUGACUUCCUUGGUUUGGAAAAAAAUUACUUAUGGAGCCAAACAGUUGAUGGUAGCCAUUGACUUCCAUGUAUGGAAAAAAUGUGGAACUAAACAAGUGAUGGUAGCCAUUAACUUCCAUGGUAUGGGAAAAAAAGUAACACUUUACAAUAAGGUGUCAUUUGUUAACAUUAAUGUAUUAACUAACAUGAAUGAACAAUACAUUUAUUACACUAUUCAUUAAUCUUAGUUAAUGUUAGUUAAUAAAAAUACAGUCGUUCAUUGUUUAUUCAUGUUAGUUCACAGUGCAUUAACUAAUGUUAACAAACACAACUUGUGAUUUUAACAAUGCAUUAGUAAAUGCUGAAAUUAACAUUCACUAAGAUUAGUAAAUGCUGUAGUAGUAUUGUUCAUUCUCAGUUCAUGUUAACUAAUGAACCUUAUUGUAAAGUGUUACUGAAAAAAAUAGGGAACCAAACAGUUGAUGGUAGCCAUUGACUUCCAUAGUAUGAAAAAAAAAAAAAAAAAAAUGGAACCAAGCAGCUGAUGGUAGCCAUUCACUUCCAUGGUAUGGAGAAAAAAAUAGGGAACCAAACAGUUGAUGGUAGACUUAAUAAAACAGAAAAAACUAUGAAACUAGACAGUAGACGGUAACCACUGACUUCCACGGUAUGAAAAAAAAAAAAACUAAAGAAGUCAA